GAGGAAAUAUUGAAAUUCUGAUUAAUGGACUAGCAGUUACCCACCACGAUAAGAAUUAUAUUCGGUCAGCUGUGUAGAGCCCAUGAAAAUAUGGGAUACAAAUAAAAUUCAAAAGUGUUAAGUAAUAAAAAUCAAGGUCAGCAAUUGUUGAUCGAUGGCGGGUUUCCACUGCAGGCGGGGAGCCCGAAGACAAGGCGGACCAUCCCUGCUGUGCCAGGACCAUCUGGGCACACCUCACAGACUGGGUGAUGUCGUCCUUGAGCAAGUCGUUGCAGCAACCAUUGUGUGAGAACUUUGCAUUGGACCGGAUCACCUGAGUUAUCGAUCCGCUCCUGGCAGUUCGUGCCAAAGCGCAACAGCAUUGCAAUUCGCAAGUCACCCCCAUUGGAAACGGGGAGCGGAAGUGACUCACUGCGCAGGCGCGCUUCCUGUCAACCCCCAGGAGAGAGUGAAAGCCGCUGACCCCCCAACCUUUGCCCUGCCAGCGGUAAACAAAAACAAGUUUGGCUCACCAGCAAGAGAGAGAGAGAGAGAAAGAGAGAGCUUGCGGAUGACAGCUGAAAGUCCCAAAUUUCCCUGGCUUGGGCCUCCACUAUUUCUGAUUUGGCACCACUCACAUCUGGAAUUCAGACGGGGGCACUCAAGUACGCCAGCAACGUCAAGGAAAUUAUCGAUUUUCGCAUGUGAAGUGAAAAAAGUGACUCCGUUGGCAAAAACUGUAGCGCGAGCAGGACUCCAGUGAAAAUCCAACCAAAAGCAGUUCACACGGACUAACUGAUAGCCCCAGCUGGCCUGUAGUGGAGGGCGUGGCAGCUGGUCGGACCCUGGUCCCCAAACGACAUGGCCGACAGCGAAUUCGAGGAGUUCCACAGGCCCAUAUUUGAGCCCCAUACGAUUGCUGGCUUCGGAUCUGGAGCAGGCAGCAAGAAGAAUAAUCCCCAUGCAUUUUACUCUUUAAUUCCCAACGAUGACCUGGAGGACUCGCACUCCUCGAAGAGCGAUGGCGACGGUUCGGAUCAGGAGGAUGGCAUUGGUCUUGUGGAACACGAGCCCAAGAUGCGUCAGGUGGAGGACGAUGAGCUAGGCGACGGGCUGAAAGUCACUCUGUCCUCGGACGGCUCCCUGGACACAAACGACUCUUUUAAUUCGCACCGACAUCAUCCGUUGAACCACCAGGAUGCGAUUGGAGGCUUCCUGGGCAUGGACACCAGUGGAUUGGGUGGCAACAGUGCUCCUGUGACCAUUGGAGCCAGCACAGAUCUGCUGGCACCCAAUACAGCUGCCACGCGACGUCGUCGCAAGUUGCCGGAAAUACCGAAAAACAAGAAAUCUUCCAUUCUGCAUCUUCUAGGUGGUUCCAACUUUGGCUCCCUGGCGGAUGAGUUCCGCAACGGUGGUGGUGGGGGAAUCCCUCCAGCAGUUCGCAGUGGACAACAGCGCUCAUUUCUGUCCCUCAAAUGCGGCUACUUGAUGGACGAGGACUCCAGUCCGGAUUCGGAGAGGAUGCAGAGUCUGGGCGACGUGGACAGUGGUCACAGCACGGCGCACUCGCCCAACGACUUCAAGAGCAUGUCGCCGCAGAUCACGUCUCCCGUUUCGCAGUCCCCCUUUCCGCCUCCCUUUGGCGGCGUGCCCUUUGGCCAGCUGGAGAUGCUGGAGGCCACGCACCGUGGUCUGCACAAGUUUGUGCCGCGGCACCACGACGAGAUCGAGCUGGAGAUCGGCGACGCCAUCUACGUGCAGAAGGAGGCCGAGGACCUGUGGUGCGAGGGCGUGAAUCUCCGCACCGGAAGGCAGGGCAUCUUCCCCUCGGCCUACGCCGUGGACCUGGACUACAACGAGUUCGAUCCCACAGUGCAGCUGGUGAAGAAGGAGCGCUACCUGCUGGGCUACCUCGGAUCCGUGGAGACGCUGGCGCACAAGGGCACCGGAGUCGUUUGCCAGGCGGUGCGCAAGAUUGUCGGCGAGUACGGCAACUCACCGACCGGACAGACCUGCAUCCUGGAGGUUUCCGACCAGGGACUGCGCAUGGUGGAUCGAUCGGGCCCGAAUCAAAACAAAAAGGACAAGAAACCUUGCAUCGACUACUUCUACUCCCUGAAGAACGUCUCCUUCUGCGCAUUUCACCCUCGCGAUCACCGCUUCAUUGGCUUCAUCACCAAACAUCCCACGGUUCAGCGGUUCGCCUGCCACGUCUUCAAGGGCUCGGAGUCCACCAGACCGGUGGCCGAGGCAGUGGGUCGUGCUUUCCAGCGAUUCUAUCAGAAAUUCAUUGAAACCGCUUAUCCCAUCGAGGACAUCUACAUUGAGUAGGCUUGCAAGGCGGUUUGUGCAUUAAUCAAUACGAUAUAUUUUUUGUGCGGUUAUUACGAAUAAAAGCAAAGAUAAGUCUCAAGAA